AUGGGUGACUCCUCCAAUGCUCUUCAAUGUUACAAAGAGUCGAGUAAAAGUUUUGCAAAAGUUUUAAGUCAAAAUCAUUCAUCAUCGGCUACUCAUUACGAUAUUAUGGGUUCGGUGUAUAAAAAUUUGCGUGAGUACCCGAAAGCACUAGAAUAUUAUAAAAAAGCAUUUGACAUACGAUCAAAAACUCUGGCUUCAAAUCAUCCAUCAUUGCUUAAUUCAUACAACAAUGCCAGUCAAGUAUAUUCUAGAGUGCAUAAACACUCGAAAGCAGAUGAAUUUCUUGGACAACCACCAAAAAUUAACACAAAUAGCCUGUCUAUGAGUCAUUCAUCAUUGACUAUUUCUUACAACAACUUAGGUGUAGUGAAUGCAAACAUGGGUUAUCGCUUCAAAGCACUGGAAUUGCACAAAAAAGCACUUCGUAUGAAGGAGAAAAACCUUCCUUCAAAUCAUCCAGAUUUGGCUAUCUCCUAUAACAAUAUCGCUACAGUCUAUAAACAAAUGGGUAAUUACUCAGCAGCACUUAAAUGCUACGAGGAAGCACUCAAGAUAGGACAAAAUCUUUUACCAUCAAAUCAUCCUUUAUUGGCUACUUCCUAUAGCAAAAUCGGUGCAGUCUAUAAUACUUUGGGUGACUAUUCAAAAGCACUCGAAUUUUAUAAAAAGGGAUUUGAACUGAGAAAUAAUGUUCUGCAACCGAAUCAUCCCUCAUCAGCUAAUUCCUACAACAGCAUCGGUACAGUUUAUAAAAAUAUGGGCGACUACUCAAUAGCACUUUCAUUUUUUGAAAAAGCACUAGUCAUUCAAAAGGAAACCCUUCUACCGUCACAUCCUUAUAAUCAACAACUAGCGGACAAAAUUGACUAUGUUAAAAGCCAUAUUUGA